AUGACCAAAACAAUAAACAAAAUGUUAAAAGAAGACGAUGAACUAAAACAUCUAGUACAAAUAGCUGUAUACGUAAGAUGCCUAGAACCAACACUGAACCACUUAAUAAAAAGCAACGAGAAGGUUUUGAAAGUACUCAGAUAUCUGAAAGAACGAAAGAUCUACCCGGAACUUAUAACAACAAACAUGCUACAUCAAAUUAUGACGGACGUAAAGAGAACCAGCGAAAACCUGGACUUUGCUAUACCCACAGAGCAUUUAAGAAUAGAAGAAAUAAUCAAAAUAUCAGAAAUUGACGCGAUUCACCAAGACGGAAGGACCAUUGCCGUAAUAUAUGUACCACUGGUGGACAGAGAACUAUAUAAAAUUUACAGACUACAUCCGGUGGCAGUACCACAAAAUGAUCAAAACCAAACAACAGAAAUAGUCUUCGUGAAACCAUUGCAUAAAUAUAUAGCAAUAAAUUCCAAUCAAGAAAGAUACGUUAAGUUUGAUGUGGAACCCACAAUCAAAUGCGCAAAAACACACUAUGCCCUCAUUUGUCCAAUACUUGGUCCAUUUGAGAGCACACCUACAUCAAAGGACUACGAAGUAGGAAUGCUAUUAAACCCCAACACAGAAACACUAAAAAGCUGUGACAUAAGAUAUGGAAUCAGUGCAAAAACCCAAUUGAAAUAUUUAGAAAAUGUUCAAUCCUGGUUAUAUUCAGCUAUCAAACCAGAACAAAUGCGAAUUUCGUGCACAAAUCAAAGAGACACAAAAAUAAAAUUGGAGAAAGCCGGAAUAAUACGACUCUCACUAACGUGCGUCGGGAGAACCACCGACAGCAUGAUAUUUGGACAGGAAACCAAAUCCAGUCGAACUACAUAUUUGUAUAAACCCGAAAUUGAUCUAAAAAUACAUGACAUGUACUCCAUUCUCAACGAAAAAGACCAGAAUCCUGGUCACGAUGCACCCCAAAGCAUUUAA